AUGCAUUCCAGUCAUCUCCUCCUCGAGGAACCGAUCAGGAUGACUUCAAUCCUCGAGCCUUCUAAAUCAAGCUUCUUCCCGGCUCUGACUAAGAUUGUGGGGACUUUGGGUCCGAAAUCUAGAUCCGUCGAAGUGAUAGCCGGUUGUCUUAAAGCUGGAAUGUCCGUGGCUCGAUUCGAUUUCUCUUGGUGUGAUGCAGAUUAUCACCAGGAGACGCUGGAGAAUCUGAAAAUUGCUGUGAAGAGCACUAAGAAGCUUUGUGCUGUUAUGCUAGACACCGUGGGACCUGAGAUGCAAGUUAUUAACAAGACUGAGAAAGCUAUUUCUCUUAAAGCCGAUGGUCUUGUAACUUUGACUCCGAGUCAAGAUCAUGAAGCCUCCUCUGAAGUCUUUCCCAUCAAUUUCGAUGGUUUAGCAAAGGCUGUUAAGAAAGGAGACACUAUCUUUGUUGGACAAUACCUAUUCACCGGUAGUGAAACAACUUCAGUUUGGCUUGAGGUUGAUGAAGUUAAAGGAGAUGAUGUCAUUUGUGUGUCAAGGAAUGCUGCUACUCUGGCUGGUCCACUAUUCACGUUGCAUGCCUCUCAAGUUUACAUUGAUAUGCCAACCCUUACUGAAAAGGAUAAGGAGGUUAUAAGCACAUGGGGCGUUGAGAAUAAGAUUGAUUUCCUCUCAUUAUCUUACUGUCGACAUGCUGAAGAUGUCCGCCAGGCCCGUGAGUUACUUAACAAGUUGGGAGACCUCUCUCAAACCCAAAUAUUUGCAAAGAUUGAGAAUGAAGAGGCAAGUGAAAUGCAUUUAUUUUUGCUUUACAUGUCUCUCUUCGGGCUGACCCACUUCGAUGAAAUUUUACAAGAAGCUGACGGCAUUAUUCUUUCUCGUGGGAAUUUGGGUAUUGAUCUACCUCCGGAGAAGGUGUUUUUGUUCCAAAAGGCUGCUCUGUACAAGUGUAACAUGGCUGGAAAGCCAGCCGUUCUCACUCGUGUUGUCGACAGUAUGACAGACAAUCUACGGCCAACUCGUGCAGAGGCAACUGAUGUUGCUAAUGCUGUUUUAGAUGGAAGUGAUGCGAUUCUUCUUGGUGCUGAGACCCUCCGUGGAUUGUACCCUGUUGAGACAAUAUCAACUGUUGGUAGAAUCUGUGCUGAGGCAGAAAAGGUUUUCAACCAAGACUUGUUCUUCAAGAAGACUGUCAAGUAUGUUGGAGAACCAAUGAGUCACUUGGAAUCUAUUGCUUCUUCUGCUGUACGGGCAGCCAUCAAGGUUAAGGCAUCUGUAAUUAUAUGCUUCACUUCGUCAGGAAGAGCAGCAAGGUUAAUUGCCAAAUACCGGCCAACUAUGCCUGUUCUCUCUGUUGUCAUUCCCAGGCUUACCACAAAUCAGCUGAAGUGGAGCUUUAGUGGAGCCUUUGAGGCAAGGCAGUCACUUAUUGUCAGAGGUCUCUUUCCCAUGCUCGCUGACCCUCGUCACCCUGCGGAAUCAACAAGCGCAACAAAUGAGUCGGUUCUAAAAGUUGCUCUAGAUCAUGGGAAACAAGCCGGAGUGAUCAAGUCACAUGAUAGAGUUGUGGUCUGUCAGAAAGUAGGCGAUGCGGCCGUGGUCAAAAUCAUCGAGCUCGAGGAUUAG